UGGUGGAAAGUGGACGUGUGUUGAACCUCCUCCUUACAUUUCUCAAUGUAAACACACCCAUAUGGAGAAUAAAUACAGGAUUUACCAAUGUAGGAAACCCCAAGGCGGCGUAAUACGUCAUCUGAGUCACCUCACCAGUGGAGAUAUCUGCCUAAACAUCAAUAUUUACACCAACAAAGAUGUUUAUGCAGAGAAUGUUUAACGUUCUCUCACAAAAUUCAAACCUUCCAGUAGAUAGAAGUAAACCUAGACAAGUGCCUAACGGUGGACGGGAGCAACAAGGGUGUAUCAGCCACCAUCACCACCACCACCACCACCAUCACCACCACCACCACCAUCCCAACACCACCACUCAAACCCCUUCCACCACCACCACCCCCAACCACUGCAACCACACCUCCCCCACCUCCAAACCCACUACCACCCCAAGUGGUCGACACUGUGGAGGCACCGACAAAGUCUAUCGGAUAGAUAAACAAGGCACGGAAAGGGAACGGUUGUAUCGAGUCGACAAGACAGUAGACGAGAGAGGAAAGGUCACCUCAAAGGUACUUGGCAAAGGUGGUUUUGGCACUGUCUACGCCGGCACUAGAAUGAAAGAUGGCGCACCAGUGGCUAUCAAACUGAUAGCCAAGGAUAGAGUUCCUGCAUGGGGAGUGGUGAACGGCCAGAGGGUACCUAUGGAGGUGGCGCUCCUACUGCGGGUUUCCCACGUUCCUCAGGUGGUAAGACUCCUGGACUGGCUGGAAAAAGACGACUCGUUCCUGCUGAUCCUGGAACGACCUAGUCCCUGUAAGGACUUGUACGACUACGUCACUGAGAGAGGACCCUUACCUGAGGAGGAAGCUAGGGACCUGAUGACGCAGGUGGUAUCAAUGGUGCUGUCUUGUCACAUGGCUGGAGUCAUUCACCGGGACAUUAAGGACGAAAAUCUCCUGGUAACCACGGACAGACAAGGGAGAGUCACCCUUAAGCUCAUAGAUUUCGGCUCAGGAGCUUUUUUUGUCAGAGAUAAAAUUUAUACAGACUUUGAGGGUACUAAGGUGUACUCGCCCCCUGAGUGGAUACUUCACAAUCAGUACCAAGGUGUCCCAGCAACUGUCUGGUCCCUGGGCAUCCUGCUCUACGACCUGGUCUUCGGAGAUAUACCCUUUGAGUACGAGGAACAAAUCGUUUCUGCUAGAUUACAGUUCCGUCUUCCGGUCUCCGAGGAAUGUCAGUCUUUGAUCCGUUGGUGUUUGCGGCUCCGGCCGAGCGAUCGUCCCUUUCUGGAACAGAUCCUACAGCAUCCUUGGUUUAUCUUGCGAUCCAAGGAUACCUUAACUAGAUCCAUCUCCACUAGGAGUGCUCCUGCAGCCACUCCUUCAUCCCUGGCUGCUGUGACUUCACCUGUCGGUUCCCUGGGUUCCGUUGGUUCGUCUCAUAGUUCCGGUUCACUACCACCUACUCCUCGACCGCAGGAAAGACUUGACUUCAGUUCGACUUCGUCACAAGGAAGUCACGCAACUACAUUGUGACGUCAGAGGCGCAUAACCGCCACCAUGUAAUUUAUAUUCAUGCCCUAAAAGGGCAUCAUACCCCAGCACCAAAGCCUUGUUGUUACGUUGUAGUGAGUCAUAAUGUAUAUAGCUCCAUUAUCACCGUAAUCAUUGUUCCGAUUUUUUUUCGUAACUUGGCUACCCGUCGUAGCCUGUCGGUCUAAAUAGACAACAUUCUAAUUAAUUUUCUAAUUGUAUUUAGGCUGUGUCCUGUGGCGGAAAUCCUCUUACGAGGCUUCUCAAGGGGCAUGUCCAUUGUAACAGUGAAUUAAACUGUGACACUAGUAUACAAGGGCCUUGUAACGACAGUAUUGGUGAUUAGAUGUAGGUUAUUCUGUGACUUGUAAUACCUGGACUGCGGGGGUCAACGCCCCAGGGGCCCGGUCUGUGACCAGGCUUCCAGGUUUCCCACAAGCCAUGACCCUUUUAAGCGAAGCCAACUCUUGUGACAUUAUGUACAAGGAGACUAGAGGCGAGUGUUGAGUUUCUGUCUCUCUUUAGAAGGGAGAAGAGUGGGUGGAAAUGUCUUAGAUACAGUGGUGGUCUUGACGGGUUGCUUGCACGUUUCCACCCUGGACAGGGUGGAAACUGCCGAAAUGUUGCACUCCGUUGCAUGUUUUAUCUUCACGCUCUGUGUAGAGUUUCACAGCUUGUUUAAGCUCUGGAUUUUGCUCUCUGUGAUCCACAGGUGACUGGUCACUGUCUCUCUCUGUCUCUCUCUAUACCUCUGUCUCUGUCUGUCUGUCUCUCUCUCUCUCUCUCUCUCUAAAGUACUAUCCUUGCCUCAGACACCUAGAUAGUACAGGAUAGUUCUUAAAUUUAAGUAGUAGUUGUCGUAGAUAGUCUUGAACCAAACUAUCAAGUCCUCUUCUGUGUGUCGCUUCCCAGUACUACCAAGUACAGUGGACCCCCGCAUAACGAUCACCUCCGAAUGCGACUAAUUAUGUAAGUGUAUUUAUGUAAGUGCGUUUGUACGUGUAUGUUUGGGGGUCUGAAAUGGACUAAUCUACUUCACAAUAUUCCUUAUGGGAACAAAUUCGGUCAGUACUGGCACCUGAACAUACUUCUGGAGUGAAAAAAUAUCGUUAACCGGGGGUCCACUGUACUUGUAAGUACUCCCAAGUACUCCCAAGUACUCUCGAGUACAUGUAUUUCUCUGCCUUCUUACAAUCCCAGCCUCUUAACGUCCCUUAAAUCCCUAUCCCCUUAAAUCCCUAUCCCCUUAAAUCCCUAUCCCCUUAAAUCCCUUUCCCCUUAAAUCCCUUUCUCUUUAAAUCCCUUUCCCCUUAAAUCCCUUUCCCCUUAAAUCCCUUUUCCCUUAAAUCACUUUCUCCUUAAAUUCCUUUCCCCUUAAAUCCCUUCCUCCUUAAAUCCCUUUCUCCUUAAAUCCAUUUCCCCUUAAAUCCCUUUCCCCUUAAAUCCCUUUCUCCUUAAAUCCCUUUCCCCUUAAAUCCCUUUCCCCUUAAAUCCCUUUCUCCUUAAAUCCCUUUCCCCUUAAAUCCCUAUCCCCUUAAAUCCCUUUCUUCUUAAAUCCCUUUCCCCUUAAACCCCUUUCCCCUUAAAUCCGUUUUCCCUUAAGUCCCUUUCCCUUUAACUCCUUUUUUUCAUUCUAGGGGGCUUUGACCCCCUUUCUUUCGUCCUAGGGGGUACUGACCCUCUUUCUUUCAUCCUAGGGGGGCUUUGAUCCCCUUUUUUUCGUCCUAGGGGCACUGACCCCUUUUUUAGGCGCCCCCUUGGGCCUUCUCCCAGACCAUAAUGAACCAGGGGGCACAGACCCCCCCGUCCAGCAUCAUCUGAUUUAGCCUCUUCACUUCUCCCCACCCCCAAAGGGCGCUGUAUGACAACCCUCUUUACGGGUUUAGCGUUUCCCAGCUACUGUAUAAAAUACGUCAAGACGCCCUGUUGUAGUAAGAUUGUAUUUUUUAACCUUGAUUUAUAAGUUAUUGUAUAUAUAUAUAUAUAUAUAUAUAUAUAUAUAUAUAUAUAUAUAUAAAUUACACAAAGUUUAAUUUGUUCUCAAAAUGAGACAUUGCGUUUCCCUAAGAGUUUAGCGCUUCCCUGUAUGACGAUAGCAGCUCCACUUCCUGGGAUGAAGAGCCCUGCCAUAGUCUUCUCGUCAUACUGAGUCGCUCUCUAGCCUCGCUGAAUAAUUUUAAUAAUUUCAAAACACGAUUUUAAUGUAAUUAGGUCCUAAAGUAAUUAGGUCCUAAAGUAAUUAGGUCCUAACGAAAUUAGGUCCUAAAGUAAUUAGGUCCUAAAGUAAUUAGGUCCUAACGAAAUUAGGUCCUAGUGUAAUUAGGUCCUAGUGUAAUCAGGUCCUAAUGUAAUUAGGUUCUAGUGUAAUUAGGUCCUAGUGUAAUCAGGUCCUAGUGUAAUUAGGUCUAGUGUAAUUAGGUCCUAGUGUUAUCAGGUCCUAAUGCAAUUAGGUCCCAGUAUAAUUAUGUCCUAAUGUAAUUAGGCCACUAUGUUAUUAGGUCAUAAUGUAAUUAGGUCCUAGUGUAAUUAGGUCCUAGUGUAAUUAGGUCCUAGUGUAAUCAGGUCCUAGUGUAAUUAGGUCUAGUGUAAUUAGGUCCUAGUGUUAUCAGGUCCUAAUGCAAUUAGGUCCCAGUAUAAUUAUGUCCUAAUGUAAUUAGGCCAUUAUCUUAUUAGGCCCUAAUGUAAUUAGGUCCCAGUGUAAUUAGAUCCUAAUAUAAUUAGGACCUAAUGUAAUUAGGUCCUAGUGUAUUUAGGUCCCCGUUUAAUCAGGUCCUAAUGUAAUUAGGUGCUUCAGAUUUUUGGGAUCAUCGUGUCCAAUUUUUGCUCCAGAUUUCGAAAAAAAAUCCACUGAAA